GGGCGGUGGGCUUUGGAGUGGACGACGGCGAUGCUGGAACUUUGGAAGCUUGGGAAAGGUGCUCCACACCUGCAGUCCAGGGCCACCCACCAGCUGUCACUCACCUGCCAGCCCCAUCCUGGAGCCUCCCACCUCACACUCACAAUCCCCAAGCACAUGAUUGGCCCAUGCAGUCCCGCACCUGCUCAACGACGGCAUCGCCAAUCGCUGCAUCAAGCCUCAACGUCAAAGACGAAGCUAUCACGACCCGAUCGCAUUGACACCCACUGACGUCGCCGUCGUCGACAACAUCCGCCCAAUCCGCCGGCCGUGCCCCGCCUCCGCAGCACUCGACAGCACAAACAACCGAGGCCUGCCCUCCACAGCCUUGCUGCUGUCCUCGACGGAACACCCAUCUCCCAACAGCACAUUCGACACACAUACACAAUGGGUCUCUUCUCAAGCUCCGACUCGGCGCCUGCGCCCGCCACCCGCGAGGAGAUGCGCGAGGCCAGCCUGCCCAUCGCCUACCGCGACACCUGCGCCAACCUGCUCAUCCCGCUGAACCGGUGCCGCAAGGACACAUACUACAUGCCGUGGAAGUGCGAGGACGAGCGCCACAGCUACGAAAAGUGCCAAUACGUCGAGUUCAAGAAGCGUGUCGCCAAGAUGAACGAGCUGCGGGAAGCCAAGGGCGGCGCCCGGAGCAAUUGAGCAUAUUACCAUGAACAAUCACUAGACCGGAAGGAAUACGAUUCGAGGCAUGGGAAACUGCUACGAGCAUGGCCGUAGUAGUUGUGCGUAUGUCAAGGAGGGACGGGCGACGUGCAGCAGCGGCCCCCGAAAACGCGAACUAGAACUGCGCGUCGCAAAAGGGGAGGCCAAGAAGGCAGCGGCGCAGCAGUGAGAGGGAUGGAUGCCGUUCACCUUGAGCAGUGUGGGACACGAAUGCUCCAAUGUACAUAUACAUCAUAGUUUUGGGCGUCGUCCUCAGUCAACCCAAGAAUUGGACCCAAUUGAGGAAACAAGCAUUCGAGACAUCCGCAAGCACUGGGGCUUGUCCACUUCCUGAACCCAUCCACAGUUCCAAGAUGUAGGACAGUUGCAAUGCACAGACCUUCCGUGUACG